CCGCCCGCCAGAAGAAAGCCAAUUGACGAUCGAGGAGCAAGACAAAAAGCGAUUCAAUGAUUAUCGCUGAAAAGAACCGACGAGUUAUCGUGUAGCAGCAAAGACACUUGGACAGAGCAGACAGGAGGAGGAAACAAGCAAGGCGGAGAAGGGGUUCGUUGCCAUUUGGUGCUGGUUCUUAUUCCAGCUUUAUCUGCUCGAUUUCUCCUCUUUUUCUGAGCUGUUUCUUCACACUUGCACGAGACUUCCAGCGAAAGGGGCUUGGUCCAGCACCUGACGUCCGAUUUACUGCGCCCGACUACACGCCCUGUCGGAGUCGGCCUCCGACGGCCUCGCCUGACCUCGAAUCCCUCCCCCCCGGGCGAACUGCUCCACCAGCCACGACACUUCCAGCACCAUGUCGUCAUCAACCACAACCCCGCCGCCGCCGCAGCAGCAGCAACCACCAGCCGCCACCGCAACGCCGGCGGCAGCGGGCGGCGAGGCGUUCGCGGGCGGCAUACGCAAGAACGACCCGGCGCGGACGGGCUUCGACCCCAAGACGCAGUGGUGGGUCAACUACUUUAGCAUCCUGUCGGGCCGCAUGACGCGCGAGGGCCAGUUCCACUACCGCGAGUGGCGCGAGGCCGAGAACGAGGAGCGCGACUGCCGCCGCUGUGAGGAGUACCGCGACUGGCUGUUCCGCUUCAGCCCCGUCGUGCGCUUCAUGCGCGAGCGCGUCGCAUCCCUCAACGGGACGCUCGACGCCGGCAACGUCGUCUGCCGCCGCUGCCCGUCCCGCUUGGCCGAGGACGGGACGGUGCGGCGCCAGGGCGGCGGCUUCAGCCCGGCCCACGGCAUCCGCAUCUGCGCCAACAACGUCCGGGACCGCAGGCACCUCGAGGACACCCUCGCGCACGAGAUGGUGCACGCCUGGGACCACCUGCGCUGGAAGGUCGACUUUGGCGGCCGCAAGGACCUGAAGCACGCCGCCUGCACAGAGAUCCGAGCGUCUAUGCUCAGCGGCGAGUGUAGAUGGACGCGAGAGACGUUCACGAGGGGUCACUGGACCCUAACACAACAGUUCCAAAACUGCGUUCGAUCUCGGGCGAUACAGUCGGUCAUGGCGCGGCCAACCUGUAAAGACGAGGAACACGCCAGCAAAGCCGUCAACCAGGUCUGGGACUCUUGCUUCGCAGACACAAGGCCGUUUGACGAAGUAUAUCGGUAACGACGACAUAAGCCACGUCGUAUUGUAAUCUUUGUAAUAUUAUCACCAUGAAAUCGCAAUUCGGAGCCAUGUAGUGCGUCGACAACCUCGGUCCCAGCGGGAACAAAAAAAAAGACAAGAAUCAAACUCCGAAACCCCAAGCGCAAAGAUGCACAUGACACAUUACCAACACCAUGAUAGACCCAGAAACGCCUAC